AUGCUGGACGAGGUCCCAGGCGCGUUUCCCCCGUGGCUCGACUCGAAUGCAGUGCGCUACAUCCACUGGCUGCUGUGGCUGGCCAUUGUGCCUGCGUUCUAUGCGCUCAACAGGCUCGUGGCCGCCUUCCUGCCCGUCACCAUCGAAUUCGACACGGCUGCCAUGCAGCGCUGGGCCACUCUCCCGCCCGAGGUCGCUCCACUGCACGACGCGUCGUCGUCGCUCCUUGGCUCGAGUGUGAGCGCGAGCGACGGCGGUGCGGGCGCAGCGUCAACGUUGCCUCGGCACACGCCACCACGCACUGCGCGUUCACGCCAAUCUCAGACCUCGACCUCUGGCCAGACAACGCAGACAAGCCAGAUUGCUGAUGAUUCCGAUCAAGCAAGGCCUCCAGUUCAAUCGUACAAGGAAAAUCGCACAAGCGUCCAAGAUCUUGUCCACGUUCACAGCGCAAGGACGUGGCACCGCCGCCGACUCGAGCAAUUCGUGCAGAUUGCAACCUCAUCCGCAUUGCUAUUGCUGGUCGCACCACUGGCGAUCGUUGCAUUUCCGCUGUGGGUUGUGCUGACACUCAGUCGACGGCGGCAGUACUGCCACAUUCGGCGUCCCGUCGUCUCAGAAUCCAAGAUGAUUGACGCCCGAAACGGACUCGAAUUCACGCUGCUCACUGCAAACCUGUGCCUCAUGCCCGAGUGCAUUGCACGUGUCAACAACCUGCGCGACACAUGGAUACGGACGCCAGCGAUUGCUGCUGCGAUUGUCAGCUCGCAAAAGCAAACCACUCCGCAUCAGCAACAGCAAGAGGAUUCAGCACACAUUGCCGAAGAGUUCCCUCAUCUCGACUUUGUCUGCAUCCAAGAGGCCUUUGAUCGGCAAGCGUGCCACACGCUCGCCAGUUCGCUUUCAGAAGUGUUUCCACACGUUCUGUUUGAUGCGGGCGCCUACGGCUGGUCGAGCAACAAGCUCUUGCUGAAUUCCGGCCUUUUAUUUGCCAGCCGAUACGAAAUUAUUGCAGCCGAGUUUCGGCGCUAUACUGCUGCAACCGAUGUCGACGUUCUCGCCAGCAAGGGACUCUUGAUGGUCCAGGUGCGGCUUCAGCCAAAAAUCGUCGGGUUUGUCUUUUCAACCCAUCUGCAGGCCGUCGACCGGACGCCCACCCACGCUGUGCGGCAGGCCCAGAUGUCCGACAUUCAGUCAUGGUGCGUGGAGUUCCGCGAGCGUCUCACGUUGCCCAACGAGCGAGUGGCCUUCCAAGUUCUCGCGGGCGAUCUCAACUUUGACGGACUGUCCCACGCCGACGCACCCGAUCGCCAACAUCCCUUGCUGCGUGAUGACUAUGAUGACCCGUGUCGUACCGAUUCGCAAAUCUACCCAGAGCCAGAGCAUCAAGGCACCAAUCCCGCAUCCGAAAAGCCGUGGACGGUCGGCACUGCGCUGCUCAAGCAGCUGCUCUGGCAUCCGUUCGUCGCGACUCCUGGCGGUUUGGCCCGGGCCCUUCGGUCUGUCAGUAGUCACGUUCCUGGCGAAAGCGCCAACCCCGAUCGCUACUACACUGAGAAUGCCGUUUCAUCCGAUGGCAGCACGCACCGCGGCCGCCGAAGAAUCGACUAUGUACUGUUUCACCGCGCAACCUCUACCAGUCCAGACUUUACCACGCGCGUAGACAGCUUGCAAUUUGUCACGCGGCUUGCUCGUCUGACUGACCACGUCCCGAUCGCCGUUCGUUUCCGCUGCGUCCCAUCUUCAAGCUGA